CAUGAUGGACAUGUCUCAUGGGUUUUCUAUUUCAGGUUCCCCCAUCCCAAUGGAUUCGGAAACCAAAAAGAAACGCCACGGAGGUGUGAACCAACUUGGCGGGGUUUUCGUUAAUGGACGUCCGUUACCCGAUAUUGUACGGCAGAGGAUUGUUGAACUGGCUCACCAAGGGGUGCGUCCUUGUGAUAUCAGCAGACAGUUGAGGGUUUCUCAUGGGUGUGUGUCUAAAAUUCUAGGCAGAUAUUAUGAAACAGGGUCCAUAAAGCCUGGGGUCAUUGGUGGAAGCAAGCCUAAAGUGGCCACUCCUAAGGUUGUUGAUGCAAUAGCUUCCUACAAAAAACAGAAUCCCACCAUGUUUGCCUGGGAGAUCCGAGACCGCUUACUAGCUGACGGGAUUUGCGACCAGGAUAACAUCCCCAGCGUGAGCUCUAUCAACAGGAUUGUAAGGAACAAGGCAGCAGAAAAAGCAAAGCACACGACGGGCUCACAUAAUAUGAAUGGUGGAAGUCCACAACACCAGGCACCUGCUAACACCACCUCUGUCAUUACUCAUGCGCCACCAACUGCUCACGAGGGAGCGCAACCUCUUCUUCGGCCAUCUUACUCCAUUAAUGGAAUACUUGGAAUCCCGAAUGUUGAUCCAAACCUAAAUAUGAAUAAACGAAAAAGAGACGAUGAAACUGCUGGAGCCAACAACGAUGGCCGAGACAUCAGCGGAGAACAAUCUCUCCACGAAGAGGAAACAAAACGACAACGCACACAGUACAACGGGGAUCAGCUCUACACCAACAUGUGGCCCAAAUGGGGAAAACAGGACGACUUAAAAUCUAUGAUGGCGGACCUACCGACGGCCAUGUCUAACGGAUCGUCGUACACUCUACAGCAGUUUGCCUCCGCCCAAGACCCAGUUUUCUCUCCCGUCGUAACGUCGGCCGGUGCAGAGCAUUUGAAACACGAUGCUCUGGCCGUUGCCUACGAUGGAGCGAUCAAUUCUAUCAACGCUCAAGUGCAGUCAACGGCAGUUUAUUCUCCACCUCUCGGAAGUGGAUCUCUGACCCCCUUGACUCCUAUCGGCAUACAAGAAGGGAAACCCGUUGUAGGUCAUCUAAGCAACCUCAUAGACGCUAGCUCUACAGCCUUACCCUACCAAGCAGGGAGUGGAGUUCCAGGCCCUGGAGUUGCUGGCAGCGAGUAUAGUUACACAUCACCGUACUCACAAUAUCCAUCAGCCGCUGCAUAUGGAGCCUACGGCUACGGACCAAGUGGUAUUAUAAACCCGUCCUACUACUAUGCUCAUAGUGCACGACCAGCAUCCUCAAACGGCCCUGCUCUGAAUGGCCCUCCCAUCAGUCCAAACGCCUUUAAAACAGAAAGGUGCUAGUUGGUUAGACCAAUUGCAUCAGGAUGUUAACUGUACUAUCCAAUGGACGUCAUAGUUGAUAACCUCCAGAGCCCUCUAGUGUCAUUAUCUCUUCCACAAGUAUAAAAUUCGACCUCUAAAAUAGUGAGAAAAGCUUGACCAAGAGGCAUAACCCGUUGGACCAUCAGAAGGUUCAUAUCAAGAAAUUAUCUAUAGGGUGUGUUCUACCUCCUCUACAGACUAAGUCAAUCGCAUCCAAAGAAUAAAAGCUUAAAGAAUAAAAACAGACAAAUAAUUCUGAGGACGGAAAACUGUGUAGAAAUGUAAGUUAUCUCCUAUUUACACGUGCAGUUAAUGGCACAACAAGACAUUGAUUGGCAUUGGACCAUGAUGCUUUCGCUAAACGUACAAUAGCUUAAGUCUAACAUCGUUCUGAUUUUGUGGUGGAAUAGGAUUCGACAGGAGAGGUCAUCGAACCCUCACCUACUUAUAACACAAAUGAGGUUAACGAAAUAUAUGAAAUCUAUAAAAUUUUAUCCACGUACUCAGUGUGUCUGUUUUCCAUGUUCAGUGAAAAAGAAAAAAACAACAUUCGCUGUUAUCCUUGACUUACAUACAUUGAAACCAAAGAUUCUAUGCUAUUCAUGUUAUUAAUUCAUUCACAUUAGGGUUUCGAAUUAUUGUCAAUGUCAAAUUUCAUUCUCCAUUUCGUUUUGUUUUUUCAAAGGGGCUGCAUGUAGCUCGGACUACUUAUAAACCAGGGUCAUUUUGAUUUGAGUUGACUUGGAGAGUACCAGGACCUCUACGAUGGUGUUUCUAAAACAUGAACACGUAUAACGGAAAACCAGAAGUUCUAUAAAUGACGUGAUUAAGUUUUUCGUUCAUAUGUAGUUCUUGUGUUUUUUUAUGAUUUGAGAAGGUAUUUAUGCUAUUGAAGGUACUCAUCUCUGUCUUAGAGUUCCUGGUGUAAUAGAUUUAAUGAUUGUACAAAGUAGUCAUGCAUACUUGUCAUAGUCAUAUUUAUAUAUAAUGUUGUGUGUAUAAGUUUAAAUUGACUUUAUAUUCUGGAAGGCUAAGGCUACAUGGUCUGGCUCAUUCAUGAGAAAAAAAAUAUCAGUUAUGAACUGGAAGAAAUAAUCUGUGUGGGAAAAGUUUUGCAUGACGUAAUGCACUAAAAUAAUUCUACUCGUUACAUUUAUACUGGUAUGAAUUAUGUGUUAAUGUAAUAAUAGGGCACAUUUGCAAAAUACUUACCUUGGGUUAGGUAUUUCCCUCUUUUUUUUCCUGCUCGUUCUUUGCCUUUUAACAAGUAGAACAGUAAUGAAGAGAUAAGCAAACCCAUUUAUUGUAUAGACAGUAGAUUAUCUACUCGUGUAAUUUUUACGUAAAGUAAAUAUAUAUAUAUAUUUGCCGAAAGUGGCAAAUUUCAACCAAGUUUAGUUUAUUUAAGACAGCGUAAUUUCAGUAAUUUUAUUGCUCGGGUUAGGUAGCGUCUAAGGUAAAUAUUUCUGUAGAAAGUCGAGAAUAUAUAUAUAUAUAUUAAUGUUUUUGUCUUUUCAUUUUACCGUGUCCCACAUUUUGUUAAUAACGAAAGGCUUCAUUACUUAAACAAUGGUCUUGAAUACCUAAUUACAUUUGUUGUAGAAUUGUUUUUCAAAUGACGUGUUCCUAUUUAUAUGUGACGAUUGGCAGCAGCAUCAUGACUUUCCUGUGUAACGUAUUCGUCCAUGUUAAAAAAAUAACCCACAUUGUUUAUUUAAUAAAAAAAAACAGUGUAGUCAAAAUAAAGAAAUCAACACCUUGCUUUGUAUAUCUUGGGACUCUCUUCGUACUUAAUAUAUAAACUGUUUAUUAAUAAACAUAACGUUACUUUUGCAAAUCAUCUUUUGUAGCAUACAAAUAUGCAUUUCGUUCAUAUGGUGUAAACUGGCAUAUUAAACAAAGCUUCCACUUUUAAUUAAACCAAUCGCAAACAGUUCUUGUACAUACCUAAAAUAAAGAGGGAUUUUAAAAAUAAAAGCUCCUUGUGUUACAACGUUUUAAAACUAUAUACAUGUAGUGAAAUCCUAGGGUAAAGUUAACCUAGUAACUUUGUCGUUCAUUGACUGAAUACAUGUCAAGUGGAAACUUUUAUGAUUUUUUUUUUCACAUAGAAAUGUUUAUAAAAUACUAGUAAUGACGCUUAACACCGAGAAUUUCAACUUUAAGCUCAUGUUCUAAAUAAGGAUUUACAUGAUCAUGUAUCAGUUACAUAACUGAAAAGAUUCAGUGUGGACUUGAAAAGCUCAGCACGGCAUGUAUAAACCAUAUACCAUGAGCAAAAUAAUGGGAAAGCAGAGAAUUACUUUUUAAAGGAUUAAGUUUUUGCUACAAUCUGAAUCCUAAUAUAAAAAAAAAACAGUAACCAAAUUUCAGACAUUAAUUUCCUAAAAAAUAUAAAUAUUUAU